AUGGAGGAGAUGUACCUGGACAACAUCGACGAGCUGGUCACAGACCACAACAAGAUAGUGACAUAUAAGUGGCUGAGCCACACUCUGGGGGUCCACGUCAAUCAAGCUAAACAGAUGCUGUAUGAUUACGUCACCCGCAGGAGGAAGGAGAAUCAAAGCGCUCAAGUACACGUUACCUACCUGGUGACCGGGAAAUGUAUGAAGGAGGGAUUUCCAUACCACAAGGUGGCAGUAGUGAAGGAGGAAAAGCUUGAAGCAGCCAAAUCCAAGCUGGCGGUGGUGGCUAACAUCCAUGUGUAUAGCGUGCAGAAAGCCACAUUAAAGGACAGCGCUCCUCUGUUCAAUACCGACUAUGACAUUGUGAAGAAUAAUCUCCAGAACUGUAACAAGUUCAGCGCCAUCCAUUGUCCAGCCGCCGUCCCACGUUCUCCUGAGGAGAUUGCGCAGCUUCAAAGAGUAAAUUGUCCGACGACGCAAGAAGUAACCAGCACUUCCCGCAUCAAUGGACACGCAUCACCCCCCGUUGCUAAAGUGGCUGCUCCGCAACCUAAGGGCAUCAUGGGAAUGUUUUCACGCCCUGCAUCCAAAGCCCAGGAGCCUCCAAAAGAAACAAAGACGGAGCCCAAGGAAGCAGCAGUGCCAGAAACGAGCAGCAAAUCAUCCACCAAGUCCAGACCUAUGGACAACUUCUUUGGCAAAGCAUCACUAAAUAAACCCAAAGAGAGCACUCCAACCAACGAGCCGGUAAAAGAGGAGAAACCAGCAGCUCAGCCAAUUGAAGUGCCACCUCCAGAACCAAAAGAAGUUAAAGACAAAAAAGCGCCAGAAAAAGAGAAGAAGAGCAGGCUUAAGAGGGCAGAAAUGUCAGACAGCGACGAAGAAGAGGUGAAGCUGGUGAAAAAGAGGCGUAGGAUCAAACAGCCCAGACCCGACAGCAGCGACGAGGAGGAUGAGGUUCUUGUGCCGGAUGUGAAGACGCCGUCCCCUCCGCCGGAGCCUGCUGUAAAGAUGGAGACUGAGACGCAGCCACAGACACAGGCUGGAGAGAAGAGGAGAAAGCGUAGGAGAGUUCUGAAAUCAAAGCAAUUCCUGGAUGAGGAUGGCUGUAUGGUGACAGAAAAGGUCUACGAGAGUGAGUCUUGCACAGACAGCGGAGAGGAGUUUGCCACAUCCAGGCCAGCCGCAGGCAAUCCCUUCACCUCGGCUGCCACCUCUAAACCAAAUACAAAAGCUGAGACUAAAACCUCAAAGAAAGCGCCUGCUGUCAGCAAGGGGACGAAGCAAGCUUCUAUCAUGGGGUUCUUCCAGAAGAAGUGA